AUGAACGUGCUAGUGUAUCCCAGCACACACCCAGCCGCUCCCUCUCUCGUUGAAACGCUUGCUUCAAUACUGACACCGCACUAUCUACCACAGCUGCUAAUACCAUCUCAACUAUCCGUACAAGAAUAUCCAUGGCACACCUCUUGUGCCCUCCUCUUACUCCUCUCCCCUCCUACAGAUCAUGCAGCUGUCCGCAAAUACAUCGAGUCCGGAGGUAGGAUAUUAGCAUUUGGCGUUGGCGUCAGAAAAGGCACUCUAUUUGGUCCGAAUCAUGACUUUGGAUCGCUAUCCGCGGGUCUUGGUCUAGGCAUGGUAAAGGACACGACUAUACUCAGAGUCGCUGAUGGAAACGCGUCUUUCUACAUCUCCUUCUCAACUGCUUCUGGAACAAAUGCGGAUGUACUGAUCGAUGACACCGUGCUAUCUGUAUCCAGACUACCCAUGUGUCCUUUGGACCUCGAAGCACACAUCAUCGGUCGUUAUGUUGAGGGGAAUGCGCCUGCUGGUAUCUUAUCUCAAAGCGGGCUUGUCGCGAUGUGGAAUUGCACGCCACCCCUUCCCGAUAUCCUGCUGUCACAAUCGCUAUCUGCACUUGGUCUGCACUUCUCCUCGCAGAGAGCUGAUUCCAGUCUUGAGCCUCACAUUCUACCUCAGUUUCUUCUUGCUCGUCCGGAUUCAUGGCAGGUACACGAUGAAUCAAAGGCCAAGUGGGAGCCUUUUGUGUUCGAAGAUACCAACGACAAUUUUCACUUUCACUUCCCAUCCAUCCCUCCCGAGGCCAGAAACACCGAUCACCCCAUACUCGAACUCAUUCCACCAAAUUUCCUUUCAAACCCGAAAGUCAAGCACGUACUCGUACCUUCAAGACCCCUAACUAUCGAGGAUGAACGAAUAUACACCCCACAAUUCUCACCAUCUGCCUUCUUCCGCGCCAUAGACAAGUUUCGCUCUGGAAUGAAAGAUACCAGCCAAGGCACAAACCAAGAUUCCUGGCGCAUCGGCGAAGCACUCAUGUACGGCGAAGUAGUCUCCAGCACACAAACAAUGUUUGACAAAAACCCGUCUUUCCUCCGUGUACUCCCCCCUCCCAUCGUUUCCCUCGCCACAGUACAAUUGGCAGGACGCGGCAGAGGUGGUAACGCGUGGCUCUCACCUGCAGGGUGCUUGCAGAUGUCGCUCAAGAUUCGAAUCGGGCUCAAAGGGUCUUCAUUAGGCUCCGAAUGGGCCCAUAAAGUCCGUCUGAAGUGGCCUAAUGACAUUUAUGGCCUCUUCCCAUCUUCCCAACACAGCCCUGUAUCAAAUUCAAAGUCAACACCGGAACCACGGAAAAUCGGCGGGGUACUGAUAAACACUAGUUUUGGCGGUGGCGUGGCAGAUGUAGUAAUCGGAAGCGGCCUCAACGUCUUAAACGCACCACCUAUCGCCUCACUCGCCCAACUCGCAUCUACACCUAUCCCAGGGCUCUCUGUAGAACGUGUAGCAGCGGCAGUUCUCACCUCCUUUGAGCGCAUGUGGAAUUCUUUUUUGCAGAAUCAGGAACAGGGUUUUCAUCCGUUCAUGGAUCAAUACCUCCGAUCAUGGUUACAUUCGGACCAGCUCGUCACACUAACGAACCGGACCCCACACCAAAGUGUCCGCAUUGUCGGUAUUACUCCCGACCAUGGGUUGUUACGUACUGUGCCGAUGGGCGGUGGAGAGUUCAUUGAUUUACAGCCUGAUGGGAAUAGCUUUGAUAUGAUGAAGGGGCUGAUAUCGACAAAGAAGAGGUAG